AUGAUUCAAACAUUAUCGAAAAUUGAUCCAAUUUAAUAGUAUUAUGUUAAUGAUCAUUAUGUUCACUCCAUUUCAGUAAAAGAAUUAAGAACAAAAUAAUCAUAUUCACCUAAAGCCUUAAUUUAAGGUUAUUGGAAGAAGGAUUAUUAAACAUUCAUGACACUUAAUUGUUCGAUUGAAGAAUAAAGAAUUAGUUUGCCUUAAAUAAGUGCAAAAUCUUAUUAAACAAGCGAAACUAAAAUUGAAAAAGAAUCAUUUGAAUCUUCUAAUAGUUUUAGCAAGAAUAUUUAUGCUGAUCUUAUUUUAUCAAAAUAUAAAAUAAAACCAACAAAUGCUAAUAAUUAAUAAUAAAGAAAAGAAAAAGAAUAUUUUAAACUACCUGGUAAACUUAUAAAAGGAAGGUUUUAACAUAAUAAAAAUAUUGAGACUAGGGUUUAUAAAAAAAAUAACAAUGAAUUAUCAAUAGAACGUUUAGAUAUAAAACCAUAAUUGGCUUCAAAACCUACAAUUCAAUCUACUCCACCUAGUAGUAAUUCGAUAGAUUGUUAAAACAAUUAAAUUAAACCAAUUAUAGAUAUAUCAAAAUUUAUUAAAAUUUAACUAAAUAAACCAUAAACACCUAUUCCUAAUAUAAUUCAAGAUGUAAUUACUAAAAAAGAAUUGAUUAAUAAAGUUUAAUUGAAAUCUUAUUUGAUAAGAUCUUUUAAUCAAUAAAUUACUAAUUUAGUAAUUAUUUAAUUUGAUGAAUUACUUGGAUUUUGUGAAGGAAGCUAUUAUGGAUUAUAAUUCGAUUUUAUAGAAAGUGAUCUUUAUUUUGAGUAUUAAAAUACAAAAUAACAUUAUUUCCAACAAUUAAUGCAUAACUCAUAAAUUUAUGUUUUAAAAAACUUAAAAGAAGCUAUAUUUAUCUUAUCUAAAACAUAUUAAAUAAUCCUGAUUACAGAAAAUAUGUAAUUGUAAUUAGUUGAAUAUGUAAAUUUGAACAAAUUACCAAUAAGUGCAAUUUAUUAGAUAAAAUCAUCAAAUAUAGCAUUUAUAGGGAUCAAAACAAUAGAUUGCUAAUAAAUUAUGGAAGAUCUAUAAAUUAAGAAGUUCAAUAAAAUUGCUUUAAUUUAGACAUAUGAGUUAUUAUAUAAAUCAAAUGAUGCUAUUUAAUAAAUUAAGGAGUAAAACAUAUUAUACCCUUAUGAAUAUGAUACAAGUUCUGAUCAUUUUUUUAUAUUACUUACACCAAGUUUAUGUAUGCAAAGUCUCUUAUAAAAUUAAUAAAAUCACUCCAAAUUAUUCUUACAUUCUCUCUACUUAAUUGAAUAAUUUUGUUAAUCAAUUUAGAUAGAUAAUAUUAAAGAUCGUUGUGCUUAAAAAAUACGUUAAUUAUUAUUAUAAGAACAUUAUAAAGAUUUAAUAGACAGAAUUAUAUUAAAAAUCUAGAAUAUUGAUUAAUUAAAAUAAUAGCCUUUAAUUUAAUAGCAGAGAUACUCAAAAAAAGAAAUGAUUGCAAGAAUAUCAGAAAAGUUUGAAAAUUAAUAAAAAUUCUAAGAAUUAUCAUAAGAUCUGGUUUUAAGAAAUAAGAAGAUUGUAAAAAGAAUCAGUAGGUACAAAUAAGAGUCUUUGAAUAUGCUUUAAAUUGUGAAGGUAUAACUUACAAGAGAACAUGAAUUACUACAUUAUUGUUAAAAAUUACUUGAUAAUUGUUAUUAUAUUAUAUUUUGA